AUGGAUAAGUUUAUACAGAUUGGAGAAAAGUUUGGGUUGGAUGAAGAAAAACUGCUCGAGUUUGUGCGGGAGCAACUGAAGUUAGAAGAGGAAAAAAAAGAAAAACGUUGAAAACUUGAGGAGGAAGGAAGGAGGGAAGAGGAAGAGAAAGAAGAAAAACGUAGACAAUUGGAAGAGGAAAAAGAAGAAAAACUUAGACAAUUGGAAGAGGAAAGAGAAGAAAAGUAUAGGCAGUUAGACGAAGAAAAAGAAGAGAGACGUCGAGUACUUGAAGAAGACAGAAGAAAGGAAGAAGAAGAGAAAGUGGAAAGGCGUAGAAGAGAACACGAAGAAAGAGAAGCUAGGCGGCAAGAACGCGAUCUGAGAAAAUUAGAGCUGGAAGCAGAACUGUUGAAGCAGAGAGAGGCUAUUGAAGCCGCUAAUAGAGAGCAUGAACUAGAGCUCACUCGUCUA